GCCAGUCGUUGGUGUGCAGCUGCGGCGCGAACACGGGACGGCGCACUCAGCAGGAUCAUGUUGUCGGUGGUGUGGAGUAGGGCAGAGAGUGGAGUGAUUAGUGGUCAGGUGUAGAGCCAUGUGGCGGCUCCCGUGUGGCCCCCAGAGCCUUGGGUCCCACUAGUCGGGCCGCCCCAGCACGCUGGACAUGUGCCCUGGGUGGUGGGCGGGUCGCGGCUGCCUCCUCGGAGUCCUUCUGCUGCUGGCGGGCGGCGCGCCAGCCCCCGCCGCCCUCAGCACCACGCCCGGGGCCCCAGGGGCAUCGCCCUACCCCUCACAUCACCCGCCGAGGCACCGGCAUCACUUGGAAGGCGAGGCAUCCUGGGUCCCCCGGGCGCACCGCCCCCCGCCGCCUGCGAGCGAGGCAGCACCUCCACCGCUGGACAGGCAGGUGCUGCCGCCCCUGGUGGCUGGGCCCACGGACCCCCCCGGGAUCACGGCGCCGGACCCCAGCAUGAUGGCCAGGCAGCCCCGCAGCACGCCUUCCAACAUCACUAGGAAUUUCAGUCACCACCACAAACUUCGUCACCAGCUGUACAGCGAGAACUCCAACAGCUUCCUGAAGCUGGCCACCGACGGCACCGUCAGCUUCAUCGAGAACAAUACUGACCCGCACACCCUGCUACACGUGAAGCCCAUGCCUGACGGGGUGCUGGAGCUGCAGAGUCAGGCCACGGGACUCUACCUCUGUAUGAACAAACACGGCUUUCUGUACGCCAGCUGUAACCGGACCGCGGAAUGUGAGUUUGUCCGCAAGUUGGAGGACACCUACUACGACACCCUGCGGAGCCACCCCUACAGCAGGCGGUACCUGGCCAUCUCCACCAGCGGCCGCAUCAAGCGUGCCCGCGAGGUGAAGGAACACCUGGGAAAAGAACAUUUCUUCCUUUUUCCCCCACUACCCAGGAAGAGAACCAACAGUAUCAUUAAAAAGUACCAGAAGCAGCUGGGCCGGCCGCUCCAGCGCUGUGCUGGGUACAACGAGUACAGCGUGGCGGUGGCGGGAGACCCUCGCGAUGCAAGGGAGAGGGUUACUGAUGUGACCACCACCACCACCACCACAACCACCACUUCUACUACUACAACCACCACUACCACUGUUCUUCCCACAACGACCGUCACCACCGCUCCUCGCAGCCCCAGCUCGGCGCGGCGUUGUCGUAAGGUCAAAGGAAAAAUGAGGUGUAGGCGGUGCAGAACUGUGAAGGGUAAGAGAAAGUGUAGAAAGAGUCCGAAAAGAUGUAAGAAUAAAAAAUGCAAAAGAAAACGAAAGAAACAAAAGCAUCGAAAAAAAGACGAGGAAAAGCGAGAAACGAGAAUUAGGAAGAGAGGAGAGCGACGCAGGAAGGCAGGCACGUCCUCCUCACCGCAGGCCGGGGGCAGGGGACGCAGGAAGAAGGUGGAGGAUAAGUCUGAGACCACUGGCCGGAGGUCACACUCGCGGCGGACCUCGCGGAGACGGCGGCCGUCAGGUGGUGGCGGCAGCCGACGGAUACGGCACCAGCGCCGCCGUAACAAGACUGCCCGCACCUCCGCCACCCCAACCACCUCCACUACCACAACCACAACCACUACCACCACCACCCCUAAACCCCCGUCUGAGCGGAGGAGUUCCAAGACGGCCAGCGGUUCCUCCAAGGCCGGGCUGGUCCCGCUCACACGCCCCCCACGGCGGCCCUUUCCUCGGGCGCCCUCGUCCGCCCGCCCGUACCGUGUCCGCCACGGCCACAAUGCUGGGCGAGGGCGGCGGCCACGGGGGCGCCGCAGGCCUCUCACCUCAACUGAUGCUUAGUGUAUAUACUCCUGCUAUACCCUUUGUUAUGUAUAUAAUCGUAAAUAUUAUCUGUAAAUACAUAGAAUUUAAACGUAUGAACCAAGUCCACAGAAAAUGGACUUAAUUUAUUUGAUUUUAUUUAUUGUUCAAAUUGUUUCCCCCCUGGAAUCAAAGGUCGACCACAAUGUAUGCGCUUGUCAAUCUUAGUCAGUGUGUGAGGACUGGUGCUCGUCCCGGCCGCCGAGAGAAUGGUGCUACCUUACCCUACCCUGUGCCAUACACUCGCCAUAAUGCAGCUUCAACUGGAAAAGUUGAAAAUCAGCUUAGCAUGUGUAAUGCAACAUAUCAGUGUCUUAGGUCAGUUAUUAAUGACAGCCACAUGCCGCAGCAUGUGUUUUGAAAAAAAAAAAAUGUGUGCCAUAUUAGGAAGUAUGUGUGUAAGGAUGAGAUGCGUGUGAGACUGUGAGGAAGAUUGCGAUGGCCAGAUGUCCCCAUCAGAAGACUGCCGUGGUGCCCUGAGUUUUCAGGAAACAAUAAAUGUUUUAAUGACAUUAAUUAAAGGAAACAAUCACAUUUACAUUAAUUAGUGGAGAUUUCUUAGUCAACUAUUUGAAAACUAAUAGUUAUCAAUCAGUGCUAAAGAUCACAUCAUCCACUUAACAAACUGCUGUCAUCUGGAGCCACAGCCCUGGCGAGCAGUCCAUUGUUUGCCAGGUGGCUGUCACUUUCCUCUACAUCAGCAGCAGCAGCAGCAGCAGCAGCAGCAGCAGCAGCAGCAGCAGCAGCAGCAGCAGCAGCAGCAGCAGCAGCAGCAGCAACAACAGCACAUGCUAAAGUCAUAGCUUGAAGAGGGUUAAUGUCAAUUCAUACAAGGCAGAGCCUCCUUGUAUUUCCCAUUGCUCACAACACAGCAGGGCAGAGUAGCUGUAGAGUCACUCCUGUCUUGGGCUGUGAGGUCUGGAGGCUAUUUUGCUCAUAUGGCAUUGUCCCACGCCUGAGGAGGCCCCAGCGCCAGGCCCCUGGCUGCUGCCUCUCUCUCUCUCCCACCUAACGCUGGCAGUAACAGUUUGGGCGGCAGUAAAGGAGAGAGCAAGGUAUUACCCAAGUAAUGGAGAUCUACCACAACAGGACGUGGACGGCCACAUCAACAUUAUCUGAGUGUGGCCUGCUGUGGCUAUGCAGUGACCUCCACACCUGGAGCUCUGGGUUACUCCCUCCCGCCCUGUGCUCACAUAGCAGCCCGGGUGCUGGUGCUGCUCACAGGCUUGGUCAGGCCCUUGAUGGUCUGCUGGUGCCUGUAUCCACCCAGGUUGACCCUCCCCCAGUCUAGUCACUUAUGUCUCUGAGAGUCAGCCUGGACCUCUAGUAGAACGUCAGCUGCUCCCGUGCUCCAUCGCCUCCACACAGCCCCCUCCUGCACCUUCACAUGUAAUUCAUUGCUAACAAAUUUACAUAAUAUGUAAAAAUAAAAUCAUAAUGCAUUUCAAAUCUUUUCAUGGAUUAAUUUUCGUUAAGUUCAUUGCCUUAGUGACAGGCAUUUAGUGUGUGCUGGAGGCUGAGUGGCAGGCAGUGGGGCAAGGCUUGUUCUCUGCCUCAGUGCCCCUUUGUGCAGGGUAACUCACCACCCUAAUGUGUGUGUUAGUAGUCUAGCAAGUGGCUGAUAUCCAAAGUUGUAAAAGAGAAGUAUGUUGGUAGAGAGGCUGGUAUUUUAGACUAAGCUGAGUCAAACCUGUCAUGAGGAAACACAAGGCUUUAAGAUGGUCGCCAUUAAAGUACACAGUUAUUAUCAAUCUAAAUUUCUUCAUUUUCAAAUAUAUAUAAAAAUCUAAAUUAUCACUGCUCCACCUCAAGGUAUCUUUAAAAAUUCUACUGAAAGGGCCGAUUUGUACAAAAACACCAAUUCAGUAGUUAAGUAUAAGUGUAGUGUGAUUUAUGCUGCUCAAUAGUCAUGUCUGGUGAGAUGACAAACACUCCUCUACCUUCCCCAUCCCUUCCCGGAUACAUUUGAAACACACACACACACAUUGCCAUCUUUUGUGGACUACACGCAAUUACCUCAAGUGCACAUAUCUACUUAACACAAGGAAGCCACUGCCGAGUGUCCCAAGAGUGAGCCUGGUGCGCCAAGAACCCAUUGUAUACCAUGUGUCUUGCCUUGUAACUCACAGUGUACUUAAAUGUGAAAGAACAACUCAUAUGUGCAUAGGUAAACACAUUUAUACAUUAGUCAUUUAAUGUGUAGUAUACAUGCAGAUGUCCACACUUUAAAACAGCUCAAACACAGACAGUACAGUUAUAUUUUCAUAUUUUUGUGUCAUGUUAACAUAGUAAAAGAGCACAAUAUACAUGAGGCAUUAACAGCACAUCAGUUGGCGUUCUUACAUUUUAUUAUAAUUAUUUCCGAACAUGUAGAUAUGUCAAUGAUAAAGGUAAACAAAAGGUACUGUCAUCUUACUCAUUAAAGUCCUUUCCCACAAAAGAACUAGAUGCCUCAUCUCGUUGUGUAGAAUAUAUACUUAUAAAUAAUGUUGAAAGCUUGUUGAAAGUACAAGAAUAGAGUGACCAUGUUUGUAUCUGCUCUACUUAAUACUUUGCUCCGACUGGUUCGUACAGCAUUUCCACCUUCCUUGAGACUACUGACAAGCAGCAGAAACAUCACCAAGGAAAUUGUUUCAUAUACAUAACAGAUGCACAGCUGAAUCCUACAAGUGUCAAUUGCACAAAUAAGACCUACUUGUGUAAUAUAUAAGUGCCAGACAUGAAGACAUAAUUCUUGAGUACAAUUAUAUAUAUAUUAUAUAACCCAAAGGGACCUGAUGGCAUAAAACAUUAUUUUUGACCACAGACAAAAUACCUGUACUAAGCUACGCACAAAGUUACUCGGACAAAAGAAGAUAAUAUGCAGUAUGUUUUUAUACCUGCUUUCUGACCCUUGUGGUGUGUGUAGAUGCUCUGUCCUGUCCCCUCACUGGCCACUGUCAACACUAUCACUAUCAGCACGCAGGGAAACUCCUGUCAAAAGGAAAUCAAUUAUGUUCUUAAGAUUCCAGUAUAUACCUCAUUUAGUGUCUUUAGUAAAUUCUAAUUGUUAAAUUUCAAUUUUUAUAUAAAUAAAAGUGGGGCAAUAUAUAGAAUGUUUUCUAUGUAUCUGUCUAUCUAUA